CGCCUCCCCGCUUUGGGAUGAAUUAGCGGCGGGUUCUUCUCGGAGGUUGCGACCCCUACGGAUUCCUCAGCUCGUCCACGCGCCACCCUCGGCGUCGCACGCACGUCGUCUCCUGCGGGUCACAGAAUCAUGGUGUCAUGGAAAGGGAUUUAUUUUAUACUCACCCUGUUUUGGGGAAGCUUUUUUGGAAGCAUUUUCAUGCUGGGUCCCUUUCUACCUUUGAUGUUUGUAAACCCAUCUUGGUAUCGCUGGAUCAACAACCGCCUUGUGGCAACCUGGCUCACGCUCCCCGUGGCAUUGUUGGAAACUAUGUUUGGCGUAAAAGUGAUUAUAACAGGUGAUGCUUUUGUUCCUGGAGAAAGAAGUGUCAUUAUUAUGAAUCAUCGUACAAGAAUGGACUGGAUGUUCCUGUGGAAUUGUCUGAUGAGAUACAGCUACCUCAGAUUGGAAAAAAUUUGCCUGAAAGCCAGUCUCAAAAGUGUUCCUGGAUUUGGUUGGGCCAUGCAGGCUGCUGCCUAUAUCUUCAUUCAUCGAAAAUGGAAGGAUGACAAAAGCCACUUUGAAGACAUGAUUGAUUAUUUUUGUGAUAUUCGUGAGCCACUUCAACUUCUCAUAUUCCCAGAAGGGACUGAUCUCACAGAAAACAGCAAGGCUCGAAGUAAUGAUUUUGCUGAAAAAAAUGGACUUCAGAAAUACGAGUAUGUCUUACACCCAAGGACAACGGGCUUUACUUUUGUCGUAGACCGACUAAGGGAAGGUAAGAACCUCGAUGCCAUCCACGACAUCACCGUGGCCUACCCACACAACAUCCCUCAGACGGAGAAGCACCUUCUCCAAGGAGACUUUCCAAAGGAGAUCCACUUCCACGUGCUCCGCUACCCCAUAGCCGCCCUCCCCACGGACAGGGAGGCGCUGCAGCUCUGGUGCCACAAGCGCUGGGAGGAGAAAGAGCAGCGGCUGCGUGCCUUCUACCGGGGGGAGAAGAGUUUCCACUUUGCUGGACACAGUGCCGUUCCACCCUGCAAGUCUGAGCCCAGGGUCCUGGUGGUCAAACUGCUGUCUAUCCUAUACUGGACCCUGUUCAGCCCUGCGAUGUGCCUACUCGUGUAUUUCUACACUUUUGCCCGGUGGUACUUUGUGAUUGUGAUUGCCGUCUUCACACUACAAGAGAGAAUAUUCGGCGGACUGGAGAUCAUUGAACUUGCAUGUCACCGUUUUUUUCACAAACAGCCACAUAUAAACGAGAAGAAAAAUGAGUAGAUUUUAAGGUUCACCAUGUAAAGACCGAGGGGAUAUUUUGGAAAUGGUCUAAGCUUUUGUAAAUGGAGAUGGAUUUGUGCAUGACUGUCAGAUAUUUCUACCAUCAUUUGUUAUAGAUAUUUUGCACUUAGUUUUGUGGGAAAAUAUUGCUACACAGGCAAUUUUCUUUUUUUCUUUUAGAUCUCUGAAUGUAAUUUCAAUACCGCACACAGGGAGCAAUCUCUGAGAAAUAUUAUUAAACAAUCAGGCAAGGUAUACACAGAUUUUCUGCAGGCCGGAUCCGGUUUCCUGUCAGACUCCCCAGGCAGACCUGGGGUUUGCUCACCGCUGGGCCAAGUACUGGGGUUAGGAGCCCUUCCUCCUGGCCUCGACCGCUCAUCAGCCACUCCUUUCUACACCACUCACCCCAUCACAUCCUUCCUCCAGACCAGAAAACGCAACUUCCUUGUCCUUAAAGUGACCAACCAUGCUGACAGAAAGCCCUGCCUGACUCGCCAGGUCUCGGCAUUCAGCCCCGCGAGCGGCCCAGAGGCCGGAAACCAUCGGCGCCCUUUUUUCGCGUGGAAAAUCAGACCCGGACGCGUCUCAGGGAGCAACCACAGGCUCUCCAUUUCAACCCUCUGCUCGAACUUUUUAAGAUAGGAAUGAAAACCAUUUACUUACACUCUCUCUUGCAUGCCGAAUACUGGUUCGGGCAACGCCCUGACAGGUGGAGCUUUUUCUGCCUUAAAAAUGGCGUAAACCAAGUCACUUACCGGCUUAAAGGGACGCGUAGGAGAACAUUCUGUUACUGGGGUCAGAAACGCUUUGGAAGAUGUGUCCUCAAAACCUGCCGAAAAGGAAGGUUACUGUGUUUUGUCCGUGUGCGUGGGCAUCUAACUUGGCGCCAUCGCAAGUUUGCAGACAAGGGUUCACCCCGAAUUACUCAACCCCCAAAGCCAUGCCUGGUUUUACUCUGAACCUAAAACAAUCACACAAAAAUAAAUCCAUUAAUGAUAGCGAAGAUUCUCUCUUUUAGACUCAGGCUUCCUCUUUUCAGCAGUAAAGUUUAAACCUGAUUAUGACAAAUUGUGCUCCAAUAUAUUUGUCAUUUGGAGUCUGUGGAAAAUCCAGCAAACCUACAGCAACAAUCCCCUCCCUCUGCAGGCGAAAGAACCCGUGUGGUCGUUUCUACCCUCGUUCUGGACACUGCUGUGGGGUGCCAGGCAGCGCAACAGAAAGUGGGAGGCAAUUCAAGUCUCUAGCUGUUCGCAAACCUUUCAACCUCCCUCCGGCCUCGAACCACUCUCAAAGCUGUUUUCCCAGUGUAAGCUCUCAGCAGGAAUACCGAGCCUGUCCUGUUUUGCCUGACAGUGACUUACCGACGCGCGGAGCCAUGCAAGGUGGGAGCUGGAAGCCUGGCGAGCAGCGGCCCCUCUUCCAGAAAGGUCGCAGUCGGGCACUGUCGUGGAAGCAUCAGCACACGAGGGAGCUUCUGCUUCCACCACCCGCACCACCCUGCAUUUAACUGCUCCCCCAAGGCUGACUUUAAUCUUGCCUGGAGCUACUAAUUAGUUAAUGAGCAUCGGCUCCAAACUCAGCUGUUUAACUUUACGGUUUUUAAGGUUAUUGGGAGAUAUUUUUUAACCUGUUUUCUUAAUAAAAUAAGUUUUUGAUUUAGGUUUCUCGCAGACUUCUUUGAUUCUAUUUGGAAACAAAAUAGGUAACGAUCAAGUGUACCGGGAACAAGACAAGGGAACGAGACAAGCGAGGUUCUACACAGGUGACGGUCCUGCCCCUCAGCAUCCGUCUCCGCUGCCUGGACUCAGCUUACGGGGUAGCUUCCACUUGCGGCGGCUCCUCUUGCCUCGCUGAAGCCUUUUACCAGGAGAGCUCUUUAAAAAAAAAGAAGAAAAGUUUUGAUUCUAAAAAAUAAGAUAAAGUGCAAACUUUGAUUACCCAAAAUUCAUUAGCAUUAAAACCCGGGGAAGAUAAACCUUGCAUUUGUUUAUAAGAACUAGAAAUGACUUCCAAAAGGAAAAAAAAAAUCCUUUUUGGGGAUUCUGUUUCUAUUUUUGCAAGAAGGCUUCUUUUAAGAUUGUAAUUAUUGGUGUUUGCCUACACAUUUGUCUCUGUUAAAGCCUUUUUCUUCACUUAUAAGAGUUUUUUUUUUUUUAAAGAACUACACAAUUUGGACCUUAGAGCUCUUUAGCAUUGGCGCCAAAAUGCCAAGUACAAAUUAGCGCAGCGUCCACCCCAGGACCAUCCCGCUUCCUCCAGACCCUCUUCCUGCCCGGCGACCCGCAGUCCUCGGGCAGCCCGUGGAUGACUCGCUGUUCCUCCAGGUGUUGAGUCUUUCCCAUUCAGAACGGUUUUAAAUGAAGCAAGUGUGGUUUCUACAGGACUUGAAACUACUUAAAAUACACACCUGCAAGCAAGGAGGCUGAAGAGGCUCCAAGUUCUGCUGCCAGAUAGCAGAGAUGAAACAAGCCAGGUUAUUGUAAACCUCGGCUAAAGAACAUGGCAAAAGACUAAAAGAAAAGAUUAGAGCCCCAAGCGCUAGUGAAAGCGUGCCUUGUCGUGUGCCGGCAGCACAGGUGAGGGGAAUACCUGAAGGGGCCCUCCUGCAGAGCACACAGGGCUGGACUCUGAGAGGGGGUGCCCCUUUCGCCGCGACUUUCUGCUCUGGCACCACCAUCACACUCUCCCGCACGUGUCAGUGAAGAUGCCAGUAGAGGAAGCCUGUUGGCGUUAAAUUGUUUACAGUUCUUUAUAUAAAUAACGUGCUUCCAGUGCCUUAGUUAUGGGUCCCUUUCUUUUUCUUGUUCCAAGAUUUCUCCGGUGUAUUUCCUAGGUCAAAGUCUUUCCGCUCUUCGUUGGGAGGACGUGGUCUGUAAACACUGGCCACUGGUACACGCUGCUUUGUGAAGCCGCCUGGAGUGUGAAGCUGGGGUCACAGGUGCCUUAGCUGUUUUUUGUGCUCUAGAAAAAGAUGGUCUGUCCCAUGAUGAGCUUCAGAUUAGAUAUGGCCCUACAGUUGUCUUGCCUAUUUAUUUCAAAACAGAACCUUAGUUUUGGUAAUUUAUUUUUCAAAAGACCAUUAUGUGUAAAACAUCCAGUUUUAAAAAUAACUCACAGAAUGGCCUUAGUUCCAAUGUCCACUGGUAAGAUUGUGAAUUGUGUUAUCUGUAAUAGAUAUCCCAGAAUAAAGUGCAGUGAAUUAAGUGGAAGU